AGUAUUAGAAGAAAAAAAAACAGUAAAAUAAAGCAUAAAUUUCAAUACACGCGUUGCACAGGAGUGGGUUACGAAAAACUGAAGGAGAUGAUCACCAAUGAAAUCGAUAUCGCUUGCCACAAUGGCCCGACAAGUUGCACAAUAUCUGGCCCUACACCAAAUGUGGAACAAUUUAUCAAAACAUUGGAAGAAAAAGAGAUAUUUGUGCGAUCAGUGAACACAUCAAACAUCGCAUACCACAGUCGCUAUAUUACUCCGCUAGGCCAAAAAACAUUGACAUUGUUACAAAACGAAGUAAUAACCGAACCAAAACUUCGUUCAGAAAAGUGGAUAUGUACAUCAGCUCCAGAAUCCGAAUGGGGGAUGGAUCAAGUAAAAUAUUCUUCAGCCGAUUACCACACGAAUAAUAUACUUAACUCCGUAUUAUUUGAAGAAGGUUGUCGUCAUAUACCUAGCAACGCCAUAACCAUAGAAAUCGCUCCUCACGGUUUAUUACAAGCUGUACUGAAACGUUCGUUACCCAAAACCGUGACAAAUAUACCACUGACACUCAAAAACCACGAAAACGGAGUUGAGUUUUUAUUGAAUUCAAUAGGCCGAAUGUACGAGGCUGGAUGUGUUCCAAAGUUGAGUGCGUUAUAUCCACCUGUGGAAUUUCCAGUUAGCAGAGCAACUCCGACAAUUUCUUCGCUAAUUAAAUGGCAGCAUGAUGAACAAUGGCCGGUUGGAAAACUCAAAAAUGAAUUAUGUAUCGAGCGAGAAUUCAAUAUCAGAACAAUAGAGGAUGAAUACAAAUUUGUAAAAGACCACGUUAUAGAUGGAAGGAAUUUAUAUCCCGGUUUAGGUUACCUGUGGUUAGUCGUAGAAACAGUAACUAAAAUAAGAGAUAAGAAAAAUUUGAAGACGUCGGUAGUAUUGGAGAACGUUCGUUUUGAACGAGCAACAAUUGUUCCUCAGAAAGGACAACUGAAAUUACUAGUAUCAAUUACCGCCGGUAAUAAACACUUUAAUGUAACGGAGAACGGCCAAAUUCUAGCUUCAGGGACAGUCAGAAUUCUCGAGAAUGUUUAUAAAGAAACAUUAAACGUACCCAUUCACAAUACUGAUUCCAAUAAUGAUGUAAACUUGAGUACUAAUGAUUUUUAUAAAGAAUUAAGGCUAAGAGGAUAUCAUUAUAAAGGGUUAUUCAAACAAGUUGCUGGAGUGAAUUAUGAAGGUACUUAUGGCGAGAUAUUUUGGGAUGAUAACUUUCCAGUUUUUAUGGAUAACAUGGCUCAAAUACAAAUAUUGCGUCUUGAUACUCGUGAACUUCUCAUACCAACGUUUGUACGUAAAAUCGUUAUCGACUUCCAGAAACAUUUCCAACAAAUAGAGUUACUAGACAAGGACAAGCCUAAGUUGCCUGUUCAUUUUUCGCCGGAACAUCGUCUAGUGAGUUCCGGAGGUAUUCAGAUGGUUGGGUGGAGUUGUAAGACUAUUACUCGUCAAAAAAAUCUAGCUGAACCAGUUCUGCAAAAAUAUCAAUUUGUACCCUAUAUCAACGACGAGGAAAUGGAAUUAAAUCUGGCAGUCCACGCGUGCACCUACAUUGCACUCACAAACAUGUCGGAAAUUCAAGUAAAAACCUGCGAAUUACUUGGCCAUGACCACGAUUCUGAAAUCGAAACUAUGUCAUCCAUAAUCUGGAAUUCACUGAAUAGUCUACCGAUGAUCCAACCCGAUGUAACCAUCUUAAUGAGCUCUGAUCAAACGGCUGACAUUCAAGUGCCAAAAGAAAUUACCGUAUCGAAUGAAAAAUUACCUAACGAUAAAAGCUGCUCGCUGAUCGCUUUGUCAGAUAUAUGCAGCAAAAUUGACAUUCUUGAGAAUGUACGCCAAGCAUUAAAAGACAAUGGAUUUAUCAUCACAAAAGAACCUGUCACCAAAGAUAUCAACUCAUACGAAAAAUUGGGAUUUAAUGUUUGCUUUAGUCGUAAGAUCAACACUACAGAGAGAAUACUCCUCUUGAAUAAAUCGGUGAAAAAUGAAUCAUCUUACAAAACUGCUAAAGUAGAGAGUGACUCGUACACUUGGGUAUCAAAUGUUCAAAAUGAACUAGCAACUAUCGACUUGGAACGGAACGAGAAAUUGAUCAUUUAUGCCGAAAAAGAUCCGAAAAAUGGAAUACUAGGAUUCUUCAAUACCUUAAGAAAAGAAGAAAAAGGAAUGAAUCUAAGAUGUAUUUAUGCGAUGGACGACAAAGCGAUCGAUUUCUCAUUGGAUCAUUCAUUCUAUAAAGAUCAACUGGAUAAAGGUUUAUGCCAAAAUGUUUUCAAGAAUGGACAGUGGGGUACAUAUUGCCAUUGGCAGGCUGAACCAGUAAACCUUAUGGAAACAACAAAUGCACUGUGUAUACAAGAAGAACGUGGUAAUUUCUCAUCAUUCAAAUGGAUCGAAAGAUCAAACCUCGACACAGAUGAAAAUCCUCACCAAAAUUCCAUUCGUGUAUAUUAUAGUAGUUUAAAUUUCCGAGAUGUUAUGAUGGCAAGUGGAAGAAUUUCAGCGGAAGAUCUGCCUUUCUAUAAUCGAUUAGAGGAGUGUCACCACGGUUUUGAAUUUUCCGGAAAAGAUGGCAAUGGCACACGCUGGAUGGGUGUUGUAGGAAAAGAAGCGAUAGCGAGCGUUGUUCAACCUCUCGUUGACUGGAUAUGGAAAAUACCGGAUUAUAUGACGCUAGAAGAAGCAGCCACCAUUCCUGCCAUAUACACCACGGUAGUCAUGGCCUUCUACUUUAAGGCGAAUUUGCGCAAAGGAUGUUCAGUACUAAUACACUCAGGUAGUGGUGGAAUUGGCCAAGCGGCCAUUAACAUAUGUCUUCAUCACGAAUGUGAAAUAUUUACUACUGUUGGCACACCUGAAAAAGUACAGUUCAUACGAAAAACAUUUCCUCAAAUUCCAGAGAGUCACAUUGGUAACUCCAGAGAUACAUCUUUUGAGCAGUUAAUAAUGCAGCAGACAAAUGGACGUGGAGUGGACGUAGUUCUGAAUAGUUUGAUUGAGGAAAAAAUGCAAGCUUCUGUACGUUGCUUGGCUCCGUUUGGGCAUUUUAUAGAGAUAGGAAAAUAUGAUAUGCUCAACAAACAUACUUUAGAUUUGGAGCAUUUCAUAAACAACAUAACAUUUCAUAGUAUACAAUUAGACUUGGUUGUGCGAAGUAACAGGCAACUGGCACUCGCAAUUCGGAAUAAGAUGUUAGAGCUAUUUGACCAAGGAAUAAUAAAACCAAUACACAGAACAAUUUUCCAAGCCGACGAAGUGGAAUCCGCCUUUAGGUUCAUGGCAGCAGGAAAACACAUAGGCAAAGUUCUAAUACAAAUGAAUGACGAGGAGAACGACAUAGAAGGCAAACCAACUUUGAUACCCAAGAAAUGCCAGCCUCAAGUUUAUUGUCCAAAGCAUAACGCUUAUGUUAUUGCAGGAGGUCUAGGUGGAAUGGGAAUGGAGCUGGCUGAUUGGUUGAUCGUGAGAGGUGCUCGCAAUAUUGUAUUAAGCUCAAGAACAGGAAUCAAAAAUGGUUACCAGUCAUAUCGAAUUAAAUUAUGGCGUUCAUACGGAGUAAAAGUAAUAAUAUUCACAGAAGAUGUGACAAAAGAAACAGGGGUAAAGAAUUUACUACAAACAGCCAAUACAUUAGGACCAGUAGAAGGGAUUUUCAAUCUCGCAGUGAUCCUUAAAGAUGAUCCAUUUGUUAAACAAACUGAGGAAAGCUUCCGUUUGACAAACGAGUCGAAGGCAAUCAUAACAAAGCAUUUGGACAACUUGAGCAGAAAAAUGUGCCCGCAUUUGAAAUACUUCGUCGCAUUUUCCAGUGCCGCUUGUGGUUUGGGUAACCAAAACCAGAGUAACUACGCUUACGCCAAUUCUGUGAUGGAAAGGAUAUGUGAAAUCAGACAUGCAGAUAAUCUACCCGCUUUGGUAAUUCAAUGGGGAGCCGUUGGGGAUGUUGGUAUUGUAGCAGACUUAACCGAACAGAUGGCAGGAACCGAAAUCACAAUUUGUGGAACAAAGCUACAAAAAAUUAAAUCCUGUUUGGAGACACUCAAUGUGUUCAUGAAAGAGUCUCGUCAUCCCAUUGUAUCUAGUGUGGUAGUAGCUGAAAAAAAGAGAACUGAUGCUGAUAUUAUAAGUGCAGUAGCAAAUAUAUUAGGUAUCAAAGACCUGAAGACUAUAAAUCAAUCAUGGACGUUCCCAGAACUUGGCAUGGAUUCUAUUGUGGGAGUGGAGGUAAAACAAAUUCUCGAAUCAGAAUUCAAUGUAAUUUUCAGUGUAGAAGAACUACGAACUAUGACCUUUGUAAAAUUACAUCAAAUGAAAGAAGAAAAAGAAAAUUCACUGAAAACAGGUAAAAAAAUUAGAACACAACUGCAAAUCUUUAUGGAUGAAAUACUUGCAAAUAAGUCCAUUCGUCGCUUGCCCAUCGAUGAAAACGAUAUUGAAAAGCCAAUUGUUUUCAACGAACAUCCAACGACUUUUAUUUUUCCUGGAGUAGAAGGAUUAGCUGUUACAAUGCAAUCAUUGGCUAAAACAUUACCAGGACAAGUGCUGUGUUUCCAGUACCACUUUGGCGAAGUUGCAGACUUCACGUUGAAAGAAUUACGCGAUUAUUUUGCCAAAUACAUACUGGAAAAUUUCAACUCGGACAGGGAGUUUUGCAUAAUUGGUCACAGUCUGGGUGGAUUAUUGGCUUUAGAAGUGGCUGAUAUUUUAGAAAAGGAGGGAAAAAGAGGAUAUCUCUACUUGAUAGAAUGUUCUCCAUUAUAUCUGGUAAAUCUCCAGACGAGGAAAGAGGUAAAAGAAAGGUAUUCCAACAACGAACUAUUGGAAAUGAAUAUAUGCUCAAGUAUGGUGUCAACGUUUUCACCCACAACACCAACAGAAGAAUUCACUAAAUCUAUUAAAAAAUUGGAUGGUUGGCAAUCGAAGAAAAAACUAUGUUUGUCAUUACUACCAUCAGGGAUGACAAAUGAAAACGCGAUGAAUCUGUUGCUUGAUAGAAUUUACACAGUGGGUAAAGCAGUACGUGAUCACCGAAUUCCUCAAGUAUCACUCGAAUCAUCGGGCAUUCUGAUAAGAUGUGUGGAAAAUCCACUGGAUGAUGAUGAUGCUUAUGGAUUAUCAGAGUACUUCAAGAAUCCGAUUCAAGUUUUUAAAAUUGAUACAGGACAUAACACAAUUUUGCAUCAUGCGAAAACUUCAGAAAUUCUGAUGGAAUCACCAUUGUGGAAAAAAUAAGCAACUGAUGGAUUUUUCAAAAAAAAUAAUCUUGCAAAAAACCAUUCACUUAAGUAUUAUUAUCAUAAAACCAAGAAGUAGCUUUGAGAUCUUGUGUAAACUAAAAAAUACAAUUCUUUUUGUUUCAAUUGGCAA